AUGCUUUGCGAGCGAUCCACCUUCUUCAAGAACCAGCUCCAGGAAUCACGGCAGGAUAUGGAGGGCGAGUGUGUCAUAUGCCACGAAGAUCUCGAUCCUGUCGCGCUAGACUUGACAUACUGCAAGACAUGUGGGAACAACGUUCAUGAAAACUGCAUAGACAGACGGACCACGAUCGACAACACAUGCCCUACAUGUCGUGCAGAGUGGGUCGAGCCGCCAUCCUCCCAGUCGAUGGAUCUUGCACAGGUUGAAGUCAAUGGGUUCGACAUGUACGCUCAGUGGCUCUACGGAUCCAGCCUCCCAUCAUACAACGCGGAUGAAGAUGGCGGUGAACUUCGUUGCAUCCGGCUGAUCAACGCGCAUAUCGUGGGCGACCUCCUAAAAGACAGUCAGUUCGUGCAAGCUGUGCGCAAGGAGAUCAUCAAGUGCAGCCUGAACAUAUCAGAUGCGUCUCGCUACACACUCCUUACUCAUGUUUACGAGAGCACAAAGGACCGCUGCGCUCUUCGGAAAUUGUUCAUCGACUUGCACAUUCUCAGGAAUAAGCACACAAGGGCUCAGAUGCGUGAAGCUCCGAAGGCCAUCACUCAUGACCUUAUAUACCGUUUACUGGAGAGGUCGAGGACUCUUCGUGACGAAGAUGUCUGGAGCUUCAUGAGGGAUGAAGGAUAUAUCGAACAGGACGAGGCAAAUAUUGACGAGGUAGAUGACACCACCGGGAAUGAGAGCCUGGACAGUUGA